AUGGACCCCUUCAGCAUCACCACGGGUGUUCUUGGAAUCACAGGAUUCGCUUUAUCCAGCAUCAAUAAUAUUCGGAGCCUUAUUGAUGGCCUUCAGGAAGCGAAAGAUGUGCUGCAAGAUGUUACAUCUAACUUGGAAGCCAUACAGCAUCCGCUUUCCGCUCUCAAGGACCUUCAGAUUCCCGAUAGCACAACUUAUGAUGAAACGAAAAAGGAUCUGGAGAAGACUGGUGUCGCCGAAGCCGUGAAUAACUGCGGGCAAGCAUGCGCCGAAUUUACAAAAAAGCUUGAGCAAUGGACGAAGCAUUCCAGUGCGACGAAGCUUUCCCUAAGGGAUCGACUAACAGCCGGCAUGUGGAACAAGGAAAAGAUUCAGACGUUCAGAACGCAGGUCUCUUCUUGUCGGGCCAUCGUCCAGUUUGCCAUCGGGAGCGCCCAAUUGGUUAUACUGAUCCGGUCGGAAAAUACGUCCACGACUGCACGGGAGGAGACAAAGAAGCAACUGCUAGUUCUCGACAAUUCUAUCAAGGAGAACACCGAACUCAUAAAGAGAAAACAAGACGAAACCUUGCAGCGCAAGAAGGAACUUGAAAGUCCCGAGGACGAAGAUGAAGACGGCGGCGCUCAGCGAACUCUAGCGAUCCAAGAGACCGAACAGCAAUCACGCGUACUGGAAGCCGAGCAAACUGCCUCUAAGGCUGUGUCCAAAAUAAUUGCGAAAUUGACUAUUCCGCAGGUCACCAACGCAUACAACAAUUAUUUUUCAGGCACCAAUUCGGGCAUACAGGUCGGUCACAGCACAGGUACAAUUAAUUGGACUAGUAGUCGCACCUAA